CUCCACUCUUAGACCUUACAUCUAUCACAACUCCUUACUGCAAACUGUUUUCAUUCCAAAAUGGCUGAAAACACGGCCAUCUGCGACUGCCAUCAGGAGACCGUCCCAAAGAAGGCGACCGCAGCGGCAGUGGUGGAGAUCAUCGUACCGAAUUCUGGGUCGUCAAAUACUACUGCAGCUUGGCUGAACGCGAAGGCGAACUUGAACAGAUCGCGCGGACAGCCUUUUAUGCAGAGAGUUCCGGAUCUCCUCCGCAGGAACAAGAAGCACGCGGAGGUGUUCGACCCAGCGGUCGUCGCCAUCGGCCCCUACCACCGCGGCAAGCCCCAUCUGUCAGCCAUGGAGGACCACAAGAAGGAGGCCGCCAUUGCAUUCGCGGAACCCAACACGGAGGCAUUCUACACCAAGGUCCUUGAAAUUGCUAGAGAAUGCAGGAAGUGCUACUACGACAACAAUGACCCACCCCCGGCGAUGAGCGACGAGGAAUUCUCCCUCAUGCUAUUCUUCGACGGUUGCUUUAUACUACAAUUCAUCGAUCAGUUCGUGAAGAGCGAACUGAGGGGUUUCACGGUGAGCGCCCACCUGCACGGGUUCAUCUUGCGGGACAUGUUCUUGCUGGAGAACCAGCUCCCGUACCUCCUCCUCGAAAAGUUGAUGGAGGCGAAGAGCGUUGACAUCGGCAACUUCCUGGAUCGCAUUGUGGGCACGCAAAGCAAGAGGCAGAAGAGGGCGAAGGAAAGUAGCAGUAAGGGCAUCGACGGGCCGCACGAGCACCUCCUGGCGCGGCUGCGGAUGCGGCAGCUGGGCCCGGAAGACAAGAUGGCGCAGCUGGCACUGGGGAGCAGCUGGCAGUCGUUCCGAUCCGUCAAGGAGCUGAUCGAGAGCGGCAUCAAGCUUCGGCGGGGGAAGACCAGCUUCCUGCGCGACGUCAAGUUCACGCAGCGCCUCCUCUGCGGGGAGCUGUCGCUGCCGCAGAUCGUCAUCGACGACCUCACGAGGUCGCGGCUGCUGAACAUGAUCGCGCUGGAGAUGUGCAGCACCGCAGGCGGCGACUACGGGAUCACGUCAUUCGUGUGGUUUCUGGAUCUGCUGAUCGACCACCCCGACGACGUUAAGGAGCUGCGCCAGGCGGGAGUGCUGCUGAACGCGCUGGGGAGCGACGACCAGGUGGCGGAGAUGUUCAACGAGAUCGCGACGGACCUCGCCCCCGACCAGCAGGCCUACAGCACCGUGAUGCAAUCCAUCAACGCGUACCAUGCGGUCAAGGUUAGGGUUUUGGCCUGCAGGUUGCUGCACAUGCACUUCGGCAGCCUGUGGGGCAUCGCCUUCCUCACAGCGGUCGUGCUUCUGGUGCUCACCGUAGUGCAGACUGUCUUCACGGUGCUACAGACCAUCUACUCAAUGCCGCACGCUCCACCUCCUGCCAAAACUGUUUUAAUUUCUACCAAAAUGGAUGGAAGCAGCAGCAGCAGCCAACCGGCGACCGUCCCGGAGCAGGAUUUCACACCGGACAAUGUGUCGGCGCUCAUUUCAUUCAACGAUGCCCCCGGUUCACGGGUGGAGUCGAAGUCCCGCUUACCUUUCCAAGCCCAGGAGGGGAGCGCGAGCAACUUGGCAGCACCCAGCCCGCUGCUGCGUCGGAUCUCGCGAGUGCCGGAACCCCUGCGCAAGAAGCACGCGAAGAUGUUCGAGCCGGAGGUGGUCGCCAUCGGCCCCUACCACCGCAACAAGCCCCAUCUACUGGCCAUGGAGGAACGGAAGCGUGCGGCAGCUGGGGCGUUCGCGUCGCUGGACCUGCACUACAGAUUCUCCCAGAAUGCCUUCGCGAUCACCGCAGAAUGCAGGGCCUACUACGACAGCCCGCUCCCAUUGAUGAGCGACGCGGAAUUCGCGGACAUGCUGUUCGUCGACGGUUGCUUCGUACUACAAUUCAUCAAUCAGAUCGUCGAGAACAAAGCGGACGAUCUCAAGGUGAGCGCGCACCUGCAGGGGUUCAUCCUGCGCGACAUGUUCCUGCUGGAGAACCAGCUCCCCUACGUCCUACUCGAAAAGUUGAUGGAGGUGAAGAGCGUGCGGAUCGACGAGUUCUUGGAUCUGAUCACGGACCCGGGAAACCAGAGUCGAAUAAGCGUCAAGAGCCCGCACCCGCACCCGCACCCGCACCUCCUCUCGCGGAUCCGGGAUCGGCAGCUGGGGCCCGCGGAGCAGAUAACACGGCUGGCGUGGGGGAGCAGCUGGCUGAGGUUCCGGUCGGCCAAGGAGCUGAUCGAGGCCGGCAUCAAGCUCCGGCGAGGGAACACCGGCUGCCUCCGCGACGUCAAGUUCGUCCCGGGCCUCGUCUCGGCGGAGCUGUCGCUGCCGUGGUUCGUCAUUGACGACCUCACGCAUUCGCGGCUGCUCAACAUGAUCGCGCACGAGAUGUGCGUUGCCGGGGCCGACGGCGUAGGCGACUACGGGAUCACGUCGUUCGUGUGGUUCAUGGACAUGCUGAUCGACCACGCCGACGACGUUAAGGAGCUGCGGCGGGCCGGGGCGCUGCAGAACGCGCUGGGGAGCGACGAGCAGGUGGCGGAGAUGUUCAACGAGAUCGCGACCGACCUCGUCCCCGACCAGCAGGCGUACUACCAGGUGACGACGCAGAUCAACGCAUACUACCAGCGCACGGCGAGGGUUUCGCUCUACACGAUGCUGCACACGCACUUCGGCACCCCGUGGGCGGCCAUCGCCUUCCUCGCCGCGGUCCUGCUCCUGGUGCUCACCGUGGUGCAGACUGUCUUCACGGUGCUUCAGACCAUCUACACAAUCCACCCCCCUACUGGCAAUUAAGUUGGACCGGGUCGACGCCGCGCUUAACUCUCUUUGCUUCUGUUGUUGCUAUGGAAUAUGACUUGCCUUUUAACUGGUGAUGUGUGUUAUGAGUUAAUUUUUAUGCUUGCGUUAAUUAAUUGUCUUUUCCUUGAGUGGAUUUGUAUGUGUGCGGGUUUGCAGCGUGCAGCUGAGUGAUUUGUUUGAGUGAUUUGUCUUGAGCGAGUUGUGUUUUGAUUG